AGUCGCACAGUGCACGUGCUAGUUAUUGUGACUCUUUCAUUGAAAGUGAAGCGAAGAAACACAAGAGUGGCGUUGAAAUGAAUGAAAGCGAUGAAAUAGAUGCAGACUUAUACAGCCGUCAACUGUACGUCGUUGGCAAAGAUGCCAUGUACGCUAUCGCGAAGGCAGGUGUUUUUGUAUCCGGCAUGGGAGGUCUUGGAGUAGAAAUAGCGAAAAAUCUGGUUUUGGCUGGGACAAAGGUUGUAACCAUCCAAGAUAGCCAAGCUGUAAAAGUAGAUGAUCUUGGCACACAAUGCUUUGUUAGAAUGCAAGAUGUGCAGGAUGGGACUAACAGGGCUUUGGCAACUCUCCCAAGACUUGCUGAAUUAAAUCCCUAUGUAGCUGUUGAUGUAUCUGUUGAACCGCUCACUCUUGAAACAGAUUUGUCGUUCUUAUGCAAGUACCAGUGUGUUGUUCUGACGGAAGCUCCUUUGCAACUUCAAUUGAAAGUUAAUGAAUUUUGUCGGCUGCAGUCGCCACAGAUUAAGUUUAUAUCUGGUGAAGUUAGAGGUGUAUUUUGCUGGAUUUUCUGCGACUUUGGAGAUGAAUUUUCUGUUUUGGAUGCUACAGGAGAAGAACCCAAGGAGACUUUUAUUUCUAACAUAACGAAGGCUAACCCAGGGGUGGUAGCUACGCUUGAGAAUCAAAUGCAUGGUUUUGAGUCUGGUGAUUAUGUGACAUUUCGGGAAGUACAAGGAAUGACAGAAUUAAAUGACACUAUUCAUCGAAUUGAAGUAUUGACUCCAUAUACAUUCAGUAUCGGUGAUACAAGUGGAGUUAAAUUUCAGCCAUAUAUUCGAGAGGGAGUAGCUCUGCAGGUCAAAGUUCCAAAGAAAAUUAGUUUUCAUCCUCUGAAGCAGCAGCUAUGUUCUCCAACUAUCUUAACAGUGGAUUUUGCCAAGUUUGAGGUUGGAAUGCAGCUACAUGUUGCAAUGUUAACACUGGAUUUAUUUCAAAGCACUUACAACAGACUACCAAGACCAAAUUAUGCUGAUGAUGCAACAGAGGUAGUGGCAUUGGCAGGUGUUGCUAUAAAGCGACACAACCUACAGAUUGAAACUUUUGAUACUAACUUGAUUACAAAACUGGCUCAAACUGCUGCAGGUUGUUUGCCUGCUUUUACUGCAAGCUUAGGAGGAGUUGUUGCUCAGGAAGUUCUCAAGUCAUUGACUGGAAAAUUUUCUCCAUUAGUGCAGUGGUUAUAUCUUGAUGCUAUUGAGCUGUUGAAUGAACUGGACAUGAGCUCUCUGCAACCAAGGGGAGAUCGAUAUGAUCCUUUGAGGCUAUGUGUUGGUGAAGCAUUAUGUGGAAGACUAGCUGGUCUGAAAAUGUUUAUGGUAGGUUGUGGUGCUAUUGGUUGCGAGAUGCUGAAAAACUAUGCAAUGAUGGGAAUUGGAGUGGCUCCUAAUGGCUUGGUGACAGUUACCGAUAAUGAUCUGAUUGAGAAGUCCAAUCUCAACAGACAGUUUUUGUUUAGAUCACGUCAUAUUCAGCAACCCAAGUCAACUGUAGCUGCUGCUGCUACACAGGAAAUUAAUCCUGAGAUUCGCAUUGAUUCUCAUCAACACAAAGUUUGUCCUCAAACUGAGAAGACAAUGUACAAUGAUUCUUUCUUCUUGAAUCAGGAUCUUAUUGUAAAUGCACUUGAUAAUGUAGAAGCUCGAAGAUAUAUGGACAGUCGUUGUGUGACUAACCAGCGAGCACUUUUGGAAUCAGGAACAAUGGGUGCAAAGGGUCAUGUGCAGGUAAUUGUUCCGCACUUGACCGAGUGUUAUUCGAGCCAGCAAGAUCCUCCAGACCAGGAUGUUCCCUAUUGCACUCUGAAGUCUUUUCCAGCUAACAUUGAGCACACCAUUCAGUGGGCAAGGGACAAGUUUGAGAGCCAGUUUUUUCAGAAACCGUCAUUGUUCAACAAAUUCUGGGAGAAAUAUAAGCCACCUGCAGUUGUUCUCAGAAAACUUGAAGCAGGUGAGAGAUUGGAGGGAGUAAAGGUGGCUGCAAAACUGCUUGCUAAUCGUCCUGAAAAAUGGUCAGACUGUGUUUUAAUGGCAAGGGUGAAAUUUGAGAAAUAUUUCAAUCACAAGGCAAAGAACUUAAUCCACGCAUUUCCUCUUGACACUAAGAUGAAGGAUGGAAGUUUGUUUUGGCAAUCCCCAAAACGGCCUCCUGUACCACUGAAUUUUGACUUCAAUGAACCAGAUCAUUUGUCAUUUGUUACAUCAUUUGCCAAGUUGUAUGCACAAGAAUGGGGAAUGGACAUUGACAAAAGUGCAUCUGCACCAAUGAUGGACAGCUUCCUGAAGUCUUGUGACAUUCCAGAAUUCAAGCCAACAGGAAAGAGAAUUGAAACAGACGAGAGUGUUAAGAAACCAGAAAAGGAAGAUAUAGCAGGAUCAGAAGGGCAGCUGGAAAAGUGUAAAGGGACACUGGGAAAGAUAUUGUCAAACAAGUCAGUUUCACAAGAAAUUCAGAAGAUGAAGCCACAUAAAUUUGACAAAGAUCAAGAGGGAAAUUUCCACAUUGACUUUAUCAAUGCAGCUGCAAACUGUCGUGCUCGUAUGUAUGGUAUUGAAACAUCUGACAAACUUCAAACGAAGCGUAUAGCUGGACGAAUUGUGCCAGCUAUUGCAACAACAACUUCUGCAGUUGCAGGAUUGGUGAGCAUUGAAUUGUUAAAGGUUGUGAAAGGCGGUCCCAUAGACCAAUAUAGAAAUGUUUUCUUGAAUUUGGCUCUCCCUCUUAUGGUCCUGUCUGAACCAGCUGCUGCUGAAAGAACUGAGAUUAGACAAGGGCUCUCAUACACAUUGUGGGACAAGUGGGAGGUCCGAGGACAUGCCAACUACUCAUUAAGAGAGUUCCUGAAACAUUUUGUGGACCGCCAUGGACUAGAGCCAGCUAUGGUAGUUCAUGGAGUCAAAAUGAUCUAUGUUCCAGUGAUGCCAGGCCACAGAAAGAGACUGCCAGAAAGAAUGAUCAAAUUAAUCAACCCUCCAGCAGGUACAGAGUAUGUUGAUCUAACAGUGUCAUUCAGCAUACCAGGAGAAGACGAGGACAAGCCAAUCCCACCAGUUCGCUAUUUCUUUCAGUGAACGCUUUGGUUUAAUCCAAC